GUCGUAAAUUUUCCGGCACAACAGACGCAAUCAUUUUGUUGACGGAGGCGCGCGAGGCUCUGCGUAGUAAAACCCAAGCCGAAAAAUAAAACAAACGUAAAGAAAAAUCUCUUGGCAAUUAUGUAAAGUGUCUGCGCAAAAGAUUUGCAAGCGAAAAUGAAUAAAAUCGUGGUACCAUAAAACGAAGCUCAAAACAAACAAGAAAAAAGAACAACAAAGCAAAACAAGUGCAAGAGAAGCAAAAAAUAUAAAGAGGUUUUCUCACUAUCUCUCGAAAAGUGCUAACAAUUAAAAACAAUUUUUCCUAAAAGCGAAAAACAAACUCACAAAACUUGAAUGUCACGCAAAAUGUUGCAAGUGCCGGCAGCAACAUUUUUAUUGCUGCUGCAGCUAACUGCGGCGGCGACUGCAACGGCAACGGCAACUGCAACGGCUGGUAGUGACACAACAGCCAGCAGCAUCGCGGAGCGUCAAAUUGAUGGCAGUUUGAAGAAUGCCAAGCUGAUUGAGAGCAAAGUGCUGCCCGAUUUGGCUGGGCUGCAGUCCAAUCAGGAAGAUGACAAGUGGCAGCACAUUUACCGGUUUAUCAACGAUGGCUUUCCUGUUUUGGAGCUCUACGGCUACAAGACAAAGACAGAUACACCCUUUACAUUGAUAAUACCGAAAAUCGAUGUGCGAAGCAUUGAGAAGCCACGUUUAAAGGAAUUCAUGCUGGAGCAUUUGGUGCCAGGGAAAAUCUUUGAUAGCUAUAAUACGCUCGCCAACGGCAGGGAAGAGGAGGAGUCAUAUGGUAAUGGCAAUGGACAUAAAAUCGUUUUUCGCAAAUUGGAAAAGUCCCACAACAAUGUUUGGCUACUCAACGGACAGCAAAUACUCUACAAGCUGCGUAUCAAUGAGCAAUUGAUGGCCAUUGGAAUUGAUGGCUAUUUGGGCGAUAGGAAAUCGCCCUAUUCCAAGCGCAACAUACAGGAAACGAAUAACCGCUACAAUGACCCACAGCCGCUGGAGCAGCCAAACAUUACGAAUGCACAUGCCAAAGUGGAGCCCAUUAUUAAGGAAUCAAAGGCGAGUCCAUUGAUGUCAUUUUUGGCCAACAUGAAAACGGGCACAAAAGUGUUCCAGCACUUUCUAUCGAAAUCCAAUCUGACACGCAUUAUGGACGAUAAUGCCUAUACGGUACUUAUACCAUCGGACAAUGCCUUUCAGCGUUGGCAUCCCAUCGAUUGGGGCUUCUAUCCAUUCAGUGUGCCCGAGUUCACAGAGAGCGUAUUGCGUAAUCAUUUCCUGCCCAUGCAGCGGCCCCUGCGCUUGUCCGACGUCAAGAACAUGGACCAAAUGGUCGUCCAUACUAUGGGCGGCGAGAAUGUCAUCUUCCAUGGCCAGCCCACGCCCACUGUGAAUAAUGUGAGCAUUAUGUCAGAUUACACGCUAUCCAAUGGCAAUCAGGUGUUCAUUAUAUCUGAGGUGUUAUUUGUCUCCGAGGCUGUGGUCUCCAAAUUGCAUCAGAUGCACAAGGAUAAGGAGACACCGCCGCUGUUGGCAUUCCCGUGGUUCGGCGCACAAUUUCUAUCGCACUCGUUUUUGGCCUUGGAACGUGAUUCGAGAUUUACGCAAAUUACAAGAUAUCUGAACAAUGCAGAAAUAGCGCCCCACAUCUCUGGCGCAAAUUAUACGUUCUUUGUGCCCGAAGACAAGGCUUUCGAGAAAAUAGGCUUCGACAGACUCUCCGAUGAUGUUAUGGCCUCUCAGCGCGGCAUUAAAAUGCUACUGAAUCACUUCGUGCGCGGACGUCUGUACAAUCGGGAUUUGCGGGACAAUGAGGUAUUCGAGACGAUCGGCGGGGGUCACGUGAAGAUCACUCGCAAUCCGGGCAGCAAUUAUACGAGCGUGAACAAUGCACAGAUAACGGAGAGCGAGGUGUUUGUCUAUAACCUGGGCACCAUGUACUAUAUAGACGACAUACUCUACUCGCAUAUGCUGCGCGAUCACAUUACCAAAUCGACCAAAACGAGAUCGGAUCGAAAUGGCGGCGAGGCCGGAGGCGGAGGAUCACGCAGCACCAUACGUCCCAGCGAUGUGGAGAUUGUGCCCAAUGAAUUCGAGAGCGAGCACAAUGGCGGCGACUAUGCCAUCCAUGGCGAUGACGAAGACUUUGAGGAUGAGAUAAUAACGCCAAAAGCGUUGCCCGUCCAGAUCUACGAGUUGCCCAAAUAGAUUGAGUUCGAUUUGGUGCAUAAAUUUGAUAUAUAUAAUUUGAUCUGAGUGGGAUUUUUUUGUAUAGUUCUCAGCUAAUUUUUUGUAACGUAUUUUUUUGUGUCUAGUUAGUUCUUAGUUUUGUGUGUGUACAUUUUAAGUUUAGCAUUGAAAACGAGGCGGUGAAACGAAGUAUACUACAACAGAAACAAAUAAUAAAUGAAAAAAGAAUGGCAACAACUAUAUAUAUAUAUAUAUAUACAUAUACAUAUAUAUACCUAAUACUAAAGAACUUAUCAGCAAUUCCAAUGAAGCUUGUAGAACUACGUAGCGACAAAUUGCAAACUAAACAAAAAUUUAAAAAACAUACGAAAACUUAGAA